UAGAAUGUGAUGUUUGAUAUUAUUUGUUGUUUUGACCCUUACUAGAUUGUCAAGGAACUGUGGAUUCUUGCUCUUUUAUUAUAUACGUAAUGGUGGAGUCUGAUUUCUUAUUUUUCAUUCUAAUUGCAGUCUAGGCAAAAAGCACUUGCAGACUUACAGCAUAUGCAGAGCGUGCAUCUUGAGAAGCUGAGUGACAUACAGUGCCAACCUGAGUCACAGCUAAAGUUCAUAACAGAGGCCUGGCUUCAGAUCGUUGAGUGCAGGUGUGUUUUGAAAUGGACAUAUGCUUAUGGAUAUUAUUUACCAGAGCAUGAACAUUCCAAGAGACAGUUCUUUGAGUACUUGCAAGGUGAGGCAGAGUCUGGGUUGGAAAGACUUCAUCAAUGCGCAGAAAAGGAGCUACAUGUUUACCUUAAUGUAGAGGGCCAAUCAAAAGACUUCAAUGAGUUUCGCACAAAACUUGCUGGACUGACCAGGUAGUUGCCAAACCAAAAAUUUACUUGGCUUUUUUCUUUGAAUCAGAAGGUCCUGUGCAACAUGCAUAUUAAUAUUAAUUUGUCUAUGUGUGUGAAUAAAUAUCUAUCUAAAUAUAUAGGGAGCU